UCCCAACGCCCCCUUAUAUAAUCUCCGUACAGAGCGAGCAUUUGCUCUUCCAUCCCCACGGCAUUUUCCUUCUCGUGACCCUUUUCACGAGAAAACAAGAAGAAGAGAAAAUCCUUCCAUUGCAUCGGGGAAAAAAUGGCGAAGUCGCCGGAGCAAGAGCACCCGCAGGCGGCUUUCGGCUGGGCUGCGAGAGACCCCUCCGGCCUCCUGUCUCCCUUCAAAUUCUCCCGCAGGACAACGGGAGAGAAAGACGUGAAGUUCAAGGUGUUUUUCUGCGGAAUCUGCCACAGCGACCUCCACAGCGUGAGGAACGAGUGGGGAUUCUCGACUUAUCCUCUUGUUCCCGGGCACGAGAUUGUGGGCGAAGUUGUUGAGGUUGGGAGCAAGGUGGAGAAGUUCAAGGCGGGAGACAAAGUGGGAGUGGGUUGCCUGGUCGGAUCGUGCGGCUCCUGCGAUAGUUGCCACGACCAACUCGAGAAUUACUGCCCCAAAAUGAUUCUGACUUAUGGUGCCAUGUACCAUGAUGGGACGAUGACCCACGGAGGAUACUCCAACAUGAUGGUGGUGGAUGAGCACUUCGCCAUCAAAUUCCCGCAAAACAUGCCUCUCGAUGCCGGCGCUCCUUUGCUUUGUGCCGGGAUCACUGUUUAUAGCCCAAUGAAGUUCUUUGGGCUCGACCACCCAGGGAUCCACUUGGGCCUGGUGGGUCUCGGUGGACUGGGCCAUGUUGCAGUAAAAUUUGCGAAGGCGAUGGGGGUCAAGGUGACCGUGAUCAGCUCCUCUCCCGGGAAGAGGGAGGAAGCGCUCCAGCGUCUCGGCGCCGAUGCAUUCCUUAUUAGCAGCGACACCAAUCAAGUUCAGGCUGCAAUGGGCACAAUGGAUGGUAUAAUCGACACGGUUUCGGCUGUGCACCCGAUAUUGCCUUUGAUUGGUUUGCUCAAACAGAACGGAAAGCUUGUUCUCGUUGGAGCUCCUGAUCGGCCUCUCGAGUUACCCGUUUUCCCAUUGAUCUUUGGGAGGAAGAUUGUGGCUGGGAGUUGCAUUGGUGGAAUACAAGAAACUCAAGAGAUGAUUGAUUUUGCAGCAAAGCACAAGAUUACCGCCGAUAUUGAGGUCAUUUCUAUCGACUAUGUGAACACAGCAAUGGACCGCCUUGCCAAGGGCGAUGUCAAGUACCGGUUUGUGAUAGAUAUUGGCAACACCUUAAAAGAAGCAUGAGGCUCCAGAGACUCUGAUUAGAUUGCCUAUGAUGGUGUCAAGUAAAAAUUUUGGUGUCCAAAUAAAAAUUUGGCUGGGAGAUUAAGGCCGAUUGUCUGGCUCAGUUUGUUUGUCACAGAUCUUGAAGCAUAUUCAGGAAGAUUAUAGUUUGGCAGGUGCAUUGAACAUCAUCGAACAUGCAUGAUGGUCCGUAUGUGUGUAAUUCUCUGCAGUAAGAAUCCAUUAGUAAGUGAGAACGUUCCUGUUUUGAACUU